GUGCAUUGGGAUCGGGGCUGUGGUAUCACUCCACUAUAACUUGUAGGUUGAUGCGAAAAGAUCUAUUGCAAGAAAUCACGAAACAGAAAAAGACCAUACGUUACCUAUCUGUUUCGUGCUGUGCCUAACACAUAGAACUUCUUUUUUUAUGUCAACUGUCAGUUAUGAUAGAAAGUUUGUGAAGAACUUAAUUUUAACAGCGCAUUAUUUUUGGGAUACUUUCAUAAGAAGCGUACUUGUGUAUAUUGUGUUAUUUAGUUAUAUAUUUGAAAGGACCAGAUGGUUUUUACCUUAGUCCCUCGCUCUGUGAAAAUACCGCUUGUUGGAAUUGUGAGGUUGGCUAAUAUUGACGAUGCUCCUCAUGUUCUGGAACUGCUCGGGGACUCGAUAUCCAAAACCUUCAGGGUCUAUUGCACUAACGAUAUUAUAAAUCUCAUUGAGAAUUCUGUACUAGCUGUAUGCCAACAAGAUCUAAAUAACGCAGUUGUUGGCUUCUUAGCUCUAAGAGAUUACCCGUUAUUACCUGCAUUACACUCGGGAGCAUGGGAGGAGUACGUGUGGGCCAAAUACAAGGCCCCAGAAAUGAACGCCCGCAACACUCUCUUCAUACAUUUACUCUGUUGGAGUUUGAGCUACGGUCGCGAAUUGGUCGACAACAUGCUGAAGUCGGUGUUCAUGCACGAUGCCUACCUUAUACACAUCGCUCUCAUCAAAUCUGUUAUAAAUUGUCCUGUACUGAUGCCCAGUCAGCCACGCGCUGAGGGGUCGUUUAGACGGGUGACGGUGAUUGAGCGUGGUAUUAGUGGAGAGCUGUUGCCGGCGCUAUGUGUCGCCGACCGAUCAGAAGUCUGUCCUCGACUGAGAAUCAGAAGAGCUGUGGAAGAAGACAACGAUGACCUAGUACCGAUACUCGAGCAACAUUCUGAUAGACUACAAGAGCUAUACGGAGAGUUUUAUAUCAGUGAGCUGAUAUCUAGACACCCGGAGUCCGAGAGGGUCAUACUCGUCUGUGAGCACAGUGAAUUAGCAGUAGGAAUCAUGUGCCUUAAUACACAAAUUAAUUAUGAAUCCUUGGAGGAGAACUUUGUGCUAUCGCCUUUCGGAGGUCUCAGGCAAUUGGAGACAGGCGAGGAAUUCAAGGUACCUAUGGAGGUCGAGUCCGCUUGCAGCUUGUUGCCACAUUAUACUGAUUCUGCAAUAAAGACAAAAGAUGGUAAAGACAAAUCAAGGGUAACAUGGGUAUUCGAAGACGACGAAUUUAAUCCAUUUCGAAGUACUACAAGAGUGAACAAAACGGCAGAAUCCAAGGAGGAGUCAGUACCCUCGAUGGCUGAAGAGUUGCCGAUCCAACAGCUACACAUACUGGACCUAUUUGAUGAUGAUGAGGAAGACUUUGAGUUCGAUAUAGUCAACAUUCACACUGACUUGUUGAGAGUUCCCGAGUUUGUACGAUAUGACGCUUUCGGGGGAGGACCUUCUGAAAGUAUUAUGAAACUCAUAAACGGAGGUAAAGAGUCUGGUCCGGAGAAAAAGACAGAUCGAUCAACAAAAAGGAGCAUGUCCUCAAGUGGAUUAACAAACUUCAAAGUGGAACCCACGCGGUAUCAAGGUGCACCAAAUGCAUUCUUACUGGAAUUGUACGCUAUGCAUCCUGCCUACGAUGAAAGAUACAGCUUUGAUAUGCUAGAAGCAGCAUUUGAGAUGUUUCCCAACAGAGAUUAUUGUAUCAUGAGUAUUCCUACGAAUCAAGGUUCAUUUCCUCUGCUAGAACACUUUACGCUGGUGACGCCUUACGGCUACAAAAUGAGGUAUAUCAACGAAUCUUUGUAUGUGGCACACGUAAAUUCGGUUAGAGGCAAAAUAUCCGUACGCCCUGGUGAGGCAAAUGACUUAAAAGCCCUAAAUACUAUAUUAGAGUAUGCACCGCGUAAGGAUAAUCUCAUUGAUCUGUUUAAAUCUACUCUUUCGUCUCAUGUUCUGCAAGCCUUUACUUUACUCAGUCAGAACCAACCUAUGGGCGUCGUUGUUGUUGGCCCCUUAGAAAACGGAACAGCUAUACGAACUCAGUACGACUUAGAACCGGAGCCACGCAGGCCAGGCACUGAUGGAGCGAUUUUAGCUGGUGUCAUGUCACCAGUAUUUGAGCCACAUGCCCGAUGGUUCAUGAGAGAGUUACUACGAUAUUCUACGUAUUCAACACUGUUCUGGAUUUGCAGAUUGUUUUCCAAAGGAGAUGCGAGUCCUGGUCGCAAUUUAAUGUCACUGGCUGGACACAUGAAUCCAGUACAUCCCCGCCAGUCAGUUCCGAACAUAAGUGGUAAUAAAGAGUUGGAAAAAAUUUACAAAGAUUUGGGUAAUCCAUUCGCGUUAUGGGUUUUGGAGCGUCCAUUGACAAGUUUGCCUAAAGUAUACGUCAACAGCAGCAUUGUGGUUGUUGGUGCCAGUCGCACAGGACUGGCUUUCCUUGAGACUUUGCUGAUGGGGCCCACAUCCCAGUACUUGACGUUCAGUAACGUCACCCUGGUAUCAGAGCACGGUCUGCCAACUGUAUCUGACUGUCUGAAGGCAGCUGAUAUAUGCGUGCCUAAAGAUGGUCGGUUCACUGACCGGUAUCUAAAGAGCAUGCCUUUCUACUACUAUUUGGAUGUCAUGUCUGCCGUCAUGGUUAAGAUUGACAGGAAAAGAAAAUGUAUACAUUUAAAGGGUUGUGGUACGAAGUACUAUGAUGAACUGGUGUUGACUUGCGGUCAACAGUUCCAACAUCCAGAUUAUUUAAAAGAAUCUCUGGGUUUAGUCAAAGAAGUGGCUAAAGGUAAACCCUGUGAUAGAAUGUUAUUGGACAAUCCUAAAUACAAGCCAGAGACAGUGCCAAUGCCCCCCGAGAUGCCUGAGAACGUGUUUCUGAUCAACUCCUUGUUUGAAGCCAAUAUUUGCUUGAAGAAACUCAUGCGCAUGAUUAGUGAUCCGAAAGAAUAUGGUGAACCCUUAAGCAAACGCAACCAAGUGGUCGUAUACGGUGAAUGUAUAGAAGCGUACUCCUGUAUCGCUGCACUCUUGGAGCUGGGGCUACAACCAGAACUGAUUGUCUUCGUGGAGCCGUUCCCCUCGAAUGAGGAACCUUCGCCUAUGAGAGUCAACUGCUUCAAUGACGAAACGGUUGAUGCACGUGUUCAAUUUUCUGUGGAAAAUAUGGGUAUUCGUGUUUUACGCAAGUGUCACUUGGCGGCUUGGCAUCAGAUAGGCAGUCGCGUGGAGGCUCUGGACUUCAUGGCACCUUUGAUAUCUAUCUCUUUGAAGUGUUUCGCUCUUUUUUACUAUGGGCUACGAGCCAUCAAUUUAUAUGCUUUUAAAGCGAUAAACGAAAGCGGUUUAGUCUACGAUGGUGGUUUGGUGGUGAGUCCCACGUUCGAGACCAAUGAUCCAAAUAUAUUCGGAGCCGGGACUUGCGUGAGGUAUUCCCGGCGACUGUACGCAGGCCGGAGCAUGCAUCGCGAUCAUUAUUCUGAGGACAUUGGAGAAGCGUUGGCGAGACUCUUUUUGCACAAAAUGGAUCCGUUCAUGAUGGGAGACCCUGAACUGGCAGAGGUACCAUCGGACCUGUUACCCAGAUACAGUUCUUGUGGCUUAGGGUUUAAGAGCACGUUGUCAGCAACGAGCAGCCUCUCCAGAAUGUCAAUGACUUCACAGUUCAGGAAAUGGCAACCAGUGAUGAAAUUUGAAUCUCCUAUCACUCAGUUUGCGAUCUUACCUGGUCCAUUAUAUUAUUUGAAGUUACGGAAGCCUGGCAAAGAGAUUCCUAUGGCUAUCCAGCAAUGCUUACCUCGACAGGGCCAUACUCUAACGACGGAUAAGAACGACAAUUACUUCCGUCUGCACCUGAAUGUGCUGCAUGUGGUGGACGGCGUCACCUGUCUCUCGCACAAUCCCUUCUCUCCGGAGAUACUGCAGCAGUUGUACGGCAAACAUGAGGCCUUCUUCAAUAAACUGUAUACGAGAUUCCAGAAGAAAGAAAUUACCGAUUUCUACGAAUUCUUCACUCAACCGUGGAUGUCGACGUUGUACCAGGAAUCGUUCAGAGAUCUCGUCGAUGACAUCAAUGAACAAGAUAUUGGGACGAUACAAGAGCUACUGAAAUCAAAGUUCGCCAUGUAUGACGCGGAGUUGGAUCAAUUGCAAUCAACAUUAUUGGAAGCUCACAAUUCUUUUUCUUCCAUAUCAUCUACUGGCACUUUUACUAUGGAGGCUCGCAAAGUGGGCACAUUCCGUUCUGUGAUCGACAAGUUCGUUGCUAAGACUGCUUUUGAAGAGGCUAGCACUACGGGGAUGUCUUUACCAUCGGAAUGUGGUCAAAGCAAGCAGGUACGCAAGGAAGCAGCCAAUUUCUGGAAGAAAGUCGGCGGAGAACGCAUAGUGAUGGCGCAUGUUACACGUUACCUCGAUAAGUAUUCUGUUACUAACCCACACUUCGCCACACCGAAGCCACAAAACACAUAAACGAUAAAUAUAGAUAUUAUUAUAAAGGUGGGUACUGACUUGAGGCCUUA